GGAGACAGUAACUCCGAAACGUACGGCUAAGGUCCGAGAGCUAGCCAAUCUGCAGAGACCACGAAAUCAUUAACGUGUCAAAAACGUCAAAGUCGCCGUUAGCGUCUUUUCCCUCGGGGUACUAUUUUUAGAACAUUUGCGCGUAUUACACAGAGAGAGACUCAAAUACUGUGACUCAUCCUAUGCGUAUAUAAUAAAUUCUUUAUAAGCCAACUUUCUUUCUCUCCGCCGGAGAUUAGUUCUUAACUCGAGCUCUUAACUUGCGCGCAUCGCCGGUUGAUGACAGCUAAGUCCGGUUGGUGGAAUAACAGGAGGAGACGAGGUCGAAGAGGAGAAGGCUAGAAGAACUGAGAAAUGGAGUUUCUGGCAGGUUCGACGUUUGAAGCUGGUACGGCGGUGCAGGAUGAAGCUGCACCGGCGGCUCUGUUCUUGACGGAGGAAUCUAGCCGCGGUGGAAGCGGGAUCGGAUUAAGGAGAUGUGUUAAGUCUCUGUCGGAGGAGAUAUCAGAGAGUUCUUCAUCAUCUGUAGUCGUGUCGGGAGAAAGCAGCGCAAACGAGGAAGAGGACGGUGCCGUUUCGUCACGAGGAACAUGGUUUGGUUCCUCUCUGGAAGAUUCUCUUCCGAUCAAGAGAGGAUUAUCAAAUCAUUACAUAGGGAAAUCGAAAUCAUUUGGGAAUCUAUUUGAAGCGAGCAACUCCAAGGAUCUAGAGAAAGUGGAGAGUCCGUUGAACAAGAGAAGGAGAUUGCUUAUUGCUAACAAGCUAAGGAGAUCACCACUGUCUUCUUUUAGCAUCUACUCCAAGACUAAUAAUAACCUUAAUUCCAUGCCUUUACUUGCAUUGCAAGAGUCUAAUGAGGAGGAUCACAAAUUCAGUUAUGAUAAUGAUCAUAGUAGUGAUGAUGAAACUAGUAAGUUGCAAGAGAAGAGGAUGAAGAUGACAACGAAUAAUAGAGAUUUUAUGGUUCAAACUCAUAGCUGCUUAUGUUUAACUAGUUUUCGAGAUGCUGAUCGAUAAUUCAUUAUUUUCUCCACUUGUGUUUCGUUUUUUUGUUUGUUUCUGUUGUCAGAGUAGAGUAAGUUUCGUUGGCAAUAAUUGAUCGAAGAUUUGAUAGAAUC